AUGACAACCAAUUUGAUCCCUAUGACUUUAAAUAUGUGUCAAGGGGGAAGCAUUAAUGUAGAUGUGACAGAGUAUGACGAGGACACGUUGGAAAGAAAACUGCCCUUAGUUAAGAAAGGAGGAGUGUACAGACCAUCGUCUUGCAGAUCUCGUCACAAAGUGGCUAUCAUCAUUCCUUAUCGCAACCGAAAGAGACAUCUUCGGAUAUUGUUGAAUAAUCUCCAUGCCUUGCUUCAGAGGCAGCAGCUUGAUUAUAGAAUAUUUGUCAUCGAAUUGGCCCCAAAUGUUGACUUCAACAGGGCGUUAUGCAUGAAUAUUGGAUUCCUGGAGGCGACAAAGAAAUACGGUUACCAGUGUCUUAUCUUCCAUGACGUGGACUUAAUUCCGGAAAACGAUAAUAACAUGUACUCCUGCCCCGAGAAUCCCAGACACAUGUCCGUAGCUGUUGACAAAUUCAACUAUCAAUUACCAUAUAUGAGCAUCUUUGGUGGUGUAACUGCAAUGACAAAGGAACAUUUUGAAACGGUGAAUGGCUAUUCAAACAAAUUCUUUGGAUGGGGUGGGGAGGAUGAUGAUAUAUAUAACAGAAUCCGGAAUUUGGGAGUGUCUAUCACGCGCUAUACACCGGACGUUAGCUCCUAUCGCAUGCUCAAUCAUCAUUCGGACCCAAACUUAAACGAAAAAAGAUUUAGCUUGCUUGGAAUAAGUCUUGAGCGAUGGAAAGAAGACGGAUUGAAUACAAUUAAGUAUGAGGUAUUGCAGACAGUAGAGAGACGCCUGUAUACAUACAUACUGGCCGAUAUUAACCAAGACGACUGGGCAUAUCAACCCUGGACAAAAGGAAGCGGCAAUGUGUCACGUGAUGAUGCCUUAGACUCUGCAGUAGAGGAAUUGUUGAUGGAGAAAGCCAAAUACUUACUGAAGAAAUCAACACUUGAUGAUGCAUUGAUACAUAAACUUAAACAGGAAUUUCGUUAUCUUAAUACAUCUCAUGUUACCAUGGGAAACGUGGCUUUGGUCAUAAGAAAACUAUUCCCUGUAAAUUCUGCGAAGCCAGUGGUAAUACCACAAUUGAUGAAAUAUUCAAGUAGCACCACAAACCAAACAAAAGACAAUUCCUAUCACAUACACCAUCAUGUCACCAGAAAUCAAAGUAAAGGACCAGAUGACCACAUGCACAAGCAAGAAAGACGGAAUUCCUUCCAACCUGCAAAUAUACUACUGGAAAACCAGAAAUCCGUCCAGUUCGCUGAGCCGCCACGAGAAAGUCAUAAUCAAGUAUAUAAACAAAUUGCAGCUAAGCAACAACAAAAACAAGAUGUAAAAACUACCACCGCACUACAGGAAUCCCAGCAACACCCCUAUGAACCACAACGAGCACAAGUUAUUAAUAGAAUUGAACGCCAGAAUACACAAUCGGAGCUCCAAAAUCCUGUACAAAACGCACAGACACAAGAAAAGAAUAAUGCCUCCCAUUCGGCACUUAAUGAGCGAGAGGAGGCACGGAUGCUAUUUAGAAAUAUGGAUCGAAGCAUUCAAAAUGAAGCGAAUCAAGGUCAUGGUACGAUUGCAGGAGCUAAUAAACUGUUAUUAGUAAACAUGAAAUCUCCAGAGACCAAAAAGCGUUUUCUCACGGGAUGGAGAAACUUUAGACAGAAUAACUUGCGUAAGCAACACAACAAGAAUUUGAAUAUUAGCCAGAUACAAUUCGUAAAUCAUGCGCAGCAAUUACAGAAACAGAGGGGAGAGUAUCAAUCCAUGUCACUUCAAAACAACACCAACGUCCAAAUUGUCAAACUUAAUACUGCACAUAAAAGUCAAUGGAAUGAUGAACCAAGACUUCAGAUUCACAUGAACCACAACGACACAGUCGAUAAAAAAGGAAAACAAUCUUUAGAAGCCAAACCGCAACAUUAUCACAUCUUUAAAAAAUCAAAACCUUGA